AUGAAAAACAGAAAAAAAAACUUCUUUCUGUGUGUGUGUGUGUGUGUGUGUGUGUGUGUGUGUGUGUGUGUGUGUGUGUGUGUGUGUGUGUGUGUGUGUGUGUGUGUGUGUGUGUGUGUGUGUGUGUGUGUGUGUGUGUGUGUGUGUGUGUGUGUGUGUGUGUGUGCGUAUGUGUGUGUGUGUGUGUGUGUCGACCCCUUGCAACAACUGCCCUCCAUCAAGGCGCAAAGCUUCUCGCAGUUUCUGCAGAUUCGGCCUAGCUUCCCACCCUCGUUCUCCCUCAAGCGCGACGCGGACCCACAGGAGAUCAAGAUCUCAACGCAAAGCAUUUUAGCGCGAGAGUUGGAGAAGCGACGACGCCAGCGUGACCAAGAGGAGCGCGAGCACCUGACCAAACAAGCGUCACUGGCCAAACGCAAGGCUGCCGAAGCCAAGCAAGCCAGCAAACAGGCCAAGCGCAGCAGUUCGGUUUCUUCUGGCUUUCGACGAUGA